AUGGCGUGGUUAGAAUCAAAAACGGUCUUUGUCUCAACAUCACUCUUUUGUCUUCCAGUAUUGGCUCUUUGUGCUGUUCUUUGUUUGCCACUAGUCAUUCUUGCCACAGUGAGCCUGUAUAUCUCAGCAUGGGCAAUUCAUAUUGGACAACAUGCAUCGAAUACAUCUUCAUGGAAACAUUUGAUACACCAACUACCAACUCGCCCACUUUCCAUCAUUGACAUCAACUUGAAUGCAUCCCGAUUGAUAUUGGCAUGGAUUACACUCAUCCCAUCGCUUAUAAUAUACGUCAAAUGGCGAUAUUGGACUGUGGGUCGUGGCCGAUUCUCACACAUCAUCAAACGUAAUCUGGUCUAUUCGAAUGAUGAUCAAAGCACCUGCAAACUUGACAUGUACUACCCCGACGUCAAUGUUACCACCACAUCCAUUGCCGAUGGCUCAACAACAACAAGCACACCAAUCAUUCUAUUCCUUCAUGGACACGAGGAUCCUCGAUUACCAAAUCAUCGCAUCUUUUACACCCCUUACGCAAACACCUUACGCGAGUUGGGUUAUAUUGUGGCUGUGCUCGAUUAUCGCCCCAACAAUCAUCAUGCGCAUCAAGAUAUCAAAGAAGCUAUCCGAUGGGUGUACCGUCAUGUGUGUGCAUCAAGUUACGAAACCGAGAUGAUUUACGUCAUGGGUCAUGGAACCGGAGCCAAACUAGCUUUUGAAGUCGUGUUGGAAGAUAUCUUUAACAAGGCCAAAUGCCACAACUUGCCUUCCAGUAGCCAAGGAUCGGACAUGUCGAAUGAAAAGCACGACCCAUCAGCGGAUGGUUAUGAUUAUGAUGACGAAGAAGAAGCAUCCACCGAUUUUCUACCAGGCAUCGAGGGAUUAUUGCUCUUUGCGGGAGUAUACCAAGACGAGGCACUGCGGUUGGUCAAGAAGCAUCAUGAAUUGUUUGAGACAUCGUGUGACCUGAUUGACUUUUUCCCGAGGAUAUUAUUUGUGCAUGGUGACAAGGACAGCAUUGUUUCUCCAGAUGAAUCAGUGGACAUGUACAAUAUGCUUGGCGAAGUACUACCAGCGGAUCGACGGGUGCAAGUGGAUGUACGGAUGCGACUUUACAAAAAACUCGAUCACACCCGAUGUAUCACAGCUCUCAUACCGAGAAUGGCUAGCUUGCCGGACAAGAUGCAAAAAACCCUCACAAAGGAUAUUCAAGAGUUCAUUGAUCUACCUUCAGAUGUCGCUGUUUGA